CAUCCUCCCCAAAAGCGGUAUUUGUUUUGUGGAGUAGAGCUAGAUCAAGUGGAAGAAAUAUCUUACUUGGGCAAUACUUUCACUAGUAAAUUAAAAUGGAAUCACCAUGUCUCUUCGGUGGCAAGUAAAGCAACGAAAGUUCUUGGUGUGAUGCGACGUAAUCUGUGGAAUUGCCCCACGAAAGUGAGAGAAACAGCAUACAAAUCCAUUGUACGACCCAAGCUAGAAUAUGCAUCAACAGCCUGGGAUCCUUACACUAACAAGGACAAAGUGGCUUUGGAAAGAGUGCAGAGAAAAGCAGCGCGUUUCUGUUCCAAGAACUACAAUCCUAUGUCAAGUGUCACUGAUAUGAUUGAAGAUCUAAAUUGGGAAAGUUUAGAA